UUCAUGUCACUUUUAUAACUCCUUCGUUUGCAUCACAAAAAUAAUGCUUUUAUCAUCUCCUCCUCCUCCUCCAACACCACCACCACCACCAUCAUCUCCCUCUUCUCCUCCUCAUCACCAUGGACUCGUGGGACUUCCCCUCCGGCAAGUCGCCUAGGCGAGAGCUCCAAGGUCCUCGACCGACCCCCUUAAAAGUACGUAAAGACUCCCACAAGAUCAGGAAGCCGCCGGUGGUGCCACAGCCGGCGUAUCAGCUACCGGCACAGCCGCCCCGGCAACCGGUGAUCAUAUACACGGUCUCCCCAAAGGUAAUUCACACACACCCUAGUGAGUUCAUGACACUAGUCCAACGUCUCACCGGCUCAUCAUCAUCAUCAGCAUCAGCAUCAUCCUCUGCAUACACCUCUAUUGCUGAUAAUGGUGGUGCACCAUCACCUGCCGCUCGUUUUGCCACCAUGGAGAAGAUCAACAAGUCUCCUGAAAUGAAGAAAGCACAAAGUGGUGAUCAUAUGGGAUUGUUUGAAGGUAUGGAGAUUAGGUCUGAGAUUAUGAGGACAGGGUUUCCCGGUAUCUUAUCGCCCGGUCCGGGUUCGCUGCAGCCUAUUCCAACAAGCUUUUUCUCUCCACCGUCUGAUCCAAGUCCCCUGAGUAGUUUCUUUCAGGAUUUGAGCCCUGUGUUGCAAGGUAACUACAAGAGUUAUAUAGAGGGUAAUUUCAUGAUGCCUAGUCCUUCUUCAAGCUUUCUCUCUCCUCAAAUAACAUCCCCAACUCCAUCUCUAGACAUUUUCAAUAAUCUCUUUAAUCUUUAACCCUUCAAUGAGAGAGAUGGUCUGGUUUUGUUUGGUGUGUCUUCAAUGGUGAAGACGGCUAAAAGGACUAAAUAGGAAUUUAGCUUUUUCUUUUUCUUUUUAUUUUUUUUUUUUUUCAUUAAAUUGGUGGGCCCAAUGAUGGGGUAGUUUUGCUUAAAAUAUCUUUCUUAUCUUUGUAAUACGUCUUUGGUUCUUUAUACCAUUUUUAGUUGUCAUAUAUACUUUGUGGCAUGUAAUUGGCAACACAUGCAUAACAUAACAUAUAUAUUUUAUUGAUUUGUUUUCUUGUA